UGUGGUUCGAGAUUUUGCGAGACUGAACGUGGCAGAGGAAGAUGCGGAGGGAAGUUUGUCUCUUGUUUAUCUUGGUUGUCGCAAUUUUUGCUGAAACUGAAAAAGACGAAGAUGUAGAGGACAAAGAAGUUGCCAGUGCACGUGUUGAGAGCUGCGCUGGAUGACGAUUGAACAGACUGCCAGAGGUCAAGAAAUUCAUUUUUGAAGAUAUUCCUCUGUUCCAUAAUGUAGAGUUUAAGAAGGUUGGAGGUGCUCCACCUGAUCUACUGUUGUUGAACAAGGCAGGAGAAGUCGUCAAGCGAAUUGACCUCAGCAAAUACAAUAGGGAAGAGUGCAAUCAGCUUUUAAUAGACUUGGGCUUCUAUAAAAAAUCUGACAAGGAUGAAGAUGUUCCUGAAGAGUUUUUAGAAGGCCCAUAUAAAUUGCCUAAAGAGGAGCUAUAGAAAGAUAAAAAAAGCUGUUCAAAUACAAAAGAGACUUUUACAAUACCUAUUUUUAAGGAAUGGUUGAAUCUAAUCAGAGCUUCAUAGUCAUUUUGAAUUUUCUAUUUUUAAGAAAAAAUUUUUAAGGUCCAGAAUUUCAAAUUACAAAUUACUGCUCAUAGUGCAUAUCCUGUUAUUUUUACUAUCAGCAGGUUGUCUUAGUAAGGUCAGUUUAGCAUGACUAGCCAUGCAUGGUGUAGAAAUCUUUUCCUGAUAUACUGAUAAUGACUACAUUAUGGGUGAAUAAUUGGAUCCCAAAAUUGUCUAGUUUUUUAUAUCCUAAUUAAAAUGUUUGGCAAAUAACUAUUUGGACAGUGCUUUGAAAGUGGAGGAAAAAGCUACAUAAAAUGUACUCUCAAUGUUCUUUCUUCAGACACAGUGCUGCAGGCAGUAGGUUUUACAUUAUUGAUAAGAUGCAGUCAGAAUAAAAAAAGGUCCUAUAUUGAAUGUGUACAGCAAAAAAAAAAAAAAAAAUACAAUUCACAUUUAUCUGAAUACAUUGCAGUAACAAACAAGGCUAAAGGCAUUCUACAUCUCUAUAUUUAUUGCUCAUCAAUUGGUUGAUUUGGCAUGAAGAAGUAUAGAAAAGUACCAUUAUCAUAGUGUUUAUGAAGCGCCUGACUUAAAUUGUGGAGUUAGGUGUGGAUGUGUUACUUGUGAUAUUGGUUGUUUUUUACAAACUUGUUCUGCUAAAAGUAACCAAAUAUAUAAUAUGCAUUUUCAAAUAAAAUAUAAAAAUCA